GAGAGCGAGAGAGAAAAAAAACCUGUCCCACCAACAAGCGUGGAUGGACUGAUUUGUGUAGCUAUGGAAGCCGCGCUAAGCAAGCGGUAUCCGGGCCUGAGAUUAUCGGACUUGGCAGGGAAUCAACAGCAGCCUCACCAGAACAUGUCAAGCUUCCCGGGACUGGGCAGCCAGACACACACACACCCUGGGGAGAUCAGCAGCGAUCCCAGCGCGCCUCUCGCCCCAUUCGGGCCCGAGCACAUGGUUCAAGCCGGUGCUCUCAAACUCAGUCCAUCUCAGCACAUGGCUGCUCACCCCGAAGUCCAGGCAGCGGCGAUGUUCGGCUCUGCACAGAACUCGGCCAGUUACCCAGCGGGUCAUUCCCAUUCAGCCUACGCGAGCGGCAGGGACUACAUUCUCAGGAGAGACCUUUCAGCAUCUGCCAUGCAUGGACUGGGCGAACAACACUCAUCACCUUCCUCUCACCAUCACCAUCACCACCACGGCAUGUUUCUCUCCACAGCGGGUAGCUACGGGCACUCGGAAGUAUUCUCGGGUCUCCACGAGCAGUCUGCAGCAGGAACCCAUCCAAAUUUAAAUGGGCAGAUGCGCCUGGGGUUGCCGGGGGAGAUCUAUAGGCCGGAGCACUACCCGGCCUCUUCCCUGCACAGUUAUAACUCCAUGAACUUAAACGUUAACCUGGCAGCGGCUCAUCACGGAGCCGGGGCAUUCUUUAGGUACAUGAGGCAACCCAUCAAGCAAGAGCUGAUCUGCAAAUGGAUUGACCAAGACGACACUUCAAAGAAACCUUGCUCUAAAACUUUCAGCACGAUGCAUGAAUUGGUAAAUCAUGUCACGGUGGAACACGUCGGCGGGCCCGAACAGAGCGUUCACAUUUGUUACUGGGAGGAAUGCCCCAGAGAAGGCAAACCGUUCAAGGCGAAAUACAAAUUGGUAAACCAUAUCAGAGUUCACACAGGCGAGAAACCUUUCCCCUGCCCGUUCCCCGGCUGCGGGAAAGUAUUUGCUCGCUCAGAAAACUUGAAGAUUCAUAAAAGGACGCAUACAGGAGAGAAGCCUUUUAAAUGCGAGUUUGAUGGCUGUGACCGGAAAUUUGCCAAUAGCAGCGACAGGAAGAAGCAUUCUCACGUCCACACCAGUGAUAAACCGUACAACUGUAAAGUAAGAGGCUGCGACAAGUCAUACACUCACCCUAGUUCUCUUCGCAAACACAUGAAAGUUCACUGCAAAUCUCCUCCCCCUCCCGCUAGCUCAGGCUACGAGCUUUCAAACACAUCCCUGGGGAUGGUGUCCCCAGCCGCAGAGACAGUCAGGGGCUGCACUGCCAGCGUUUCCUCGCAAGUAACUAACCUCAACGAAUGGUACGUCUGUCAGGGAAGCGGGGCGGCCAACAGCCUGCACGCACCUUCCAACAAUGGCACCUCGUCCGACACCGAAGAUGAGGAGGUUUACACGAACUCUGAUCCCAGAACUAUGCUCUGACAUAGGUGCGUUGGAGAAGUGUGCAAGUGGGCAAGAGUCAACGCAGGGUUAGUGGCAAUGGAGCCCAUCAACUAAAGGCAGCUAGGAUGUCCAAUGAUGACCAUCUCACACCAGCUAGAUUCAAACCUCGUAGGAAAGGAAUUUAAGGGCUAAGAAUCGGUUCUUAGGCUACUUUUUGGCCUCCGUGUCAGUCAGAAUUAUUGUGUGUACUUCGAGGUAAAAGAGAAUCGCUAUCUCAUUUACUUUCAGACUAUAGAUAUUGAUUUUCUGAAAUCAGACGUGACUUAAAUAGAUAAAACAUAUCAUCAGACCCAUUUCGGACUGGCAAUAGAAUAUUCGACCCACGAGAAACACCUCGCUUCUUGGAAGUGAAACAUACAUAGCCGAUCUUUGCUUAACUCCCAAAUCAGAGACCAUUGUCCGAAAGAAGGGAAAUUCUACAAUUCUGUGAAAUCUUCAUGACUCCAAUCCCUGGAGGGAAUCAAAACGGCCAUAGCCUUGUGUUCAGUGAAAUGACACAGUGCCACCACGUUCGGUAACGAAGCACAAGCGACAUUCUAUUUACACAUCCCUAACAUGCAAAGCUGAAUUCGGACAUUCCUGCUAUAUGUGAAAAGAGUAUUCUAUCAGUAAGAGUGAAACUCACAAGGACUCUAUUUGACCCUGAAAUCAGAAUCGACAAUAUAUCAACCCUUAAAUCCAAGAGCUCUAGGAUUCUUUUGUGUGAUCUCCUAUCCAUCAUGGUAAAGUCAAAAUUCUCAUAUUUUACUCAUAAUUAUUCAGGCCUUCAGACAAACAAACUAAAGAGCACUAAUAUGUCCUUAGAGGCCAGAAGAUGCAAAAAUGACAGGCCUGUCCCUGUAGGAUUUGUACAUAAUUGUUGUGGGCUGCAAGUCGUUGAUGUAAUCGUUAGCUAUCUUAAGAUUUUGUCCAGAAAUGCUCUUUUAUUUGUAAACUAUAAUUUAUUUGCUGAUGUGUAAUAUCUUUCUGCGAUAGUACAGACACACCAAAGAAUUAUAUUAUUACGUUUGGUGCGGUAUUGUGGUGUUUGUGAAUCUGUGGUUUCGUCAGGCCAUUUAAUUUCUGCUUACUUGAAUGAAAUGUAAAAUGUGAAAAGUAAAAUAUGUGAUUGUUUCUUUCUACUCAGUGGUGGUUAAUUGUUGUAACUACAGUAUCGGUCCAUGUUAUGAUCAUGAUGCAUGUUGCAGUCAUUUUAUAUUUCCCUUGCAUUGACAAACGCCACCCAGAAAUCCUGAUUGAAAAAAAAUGCAAGGAAGACAUAUCAGUUCCUUUAUUGAAAUGAAUGGUCCACGUGUACUUUGUGUUUCAGUGAAAGAGGUUAAACCGUGUGACAGUGUAUUUUCCAAUUGUGAAUAAAGAGAUAUUGUUUUUCCUCUGUUUUAAUAAUCGUAUUCUAUAUUAAAUGUCUAAAUCCUAACAAAAUGUCAAAACGUGAUUUUUUUGCGGGGUUUGCGGAUGUAGCAACACUCAACUCAAUCUUCGAUGGUGAAGAAUCGAGUAAUCUCAGCCAAUGAUGUAAAUCCAAAUGAUUUCAGGCCCCGGGAGUGACUUUUAUGUUUAUGUGUUUAUUGUUGCACAAGGAUCUCUGCCUCUGUGCAAAUAUUUACCUGUUCAAUGGCAGAAUGGGAGACAUGUAAGAGGCAGGUUGAAGAAGCUACCUGGAUACAAUUGGCAGCCGGAUGUAAAACAGUUCACAAUAUUAUCUGUUAUCGUGAUUUGAAAACGACGUUUAAAAAGGCAAUCAAAAAAGUCACAUUUGCUUUCGGAAAUCAAAAUGUCCAAAAUUGCAGGGAAACUGGUAGAUAUAUUGGUUGAGGCGAAAUCAAGGUUUAACGAAGAUUCCUGUUUUACAAAUCCGGUCGCAGUACACGAAUACACCGAACUGUUUUAAUAUCUCCACAGUUCAGUUGUAACCUCGCCCCACAAAUGUUAUACUUGGAACCAAAAAUGCAGCAUCAAAAACAAUGCGGCAUAAUUACAUCGUUUCCGCAAUUCAAUUUCUGAUUGUCACAGUUCUAGAUAUGAUGACGUUUUUCAAAAUUCAUCAUCUGUCUUAGAGGAACCGAAUUUGUCUCUAGGAUCAUAAUGGAUAUUUAAAUUAUUAUCGUCGACUUUGUGUACAUUAUGGAUUGCAUAUCCCAUGUAUCGCUGAUCGCGCUUCAGGGUCACCUUGUGAAGGUGGAUAUCAUACCACCUAAAAGAGAAUGAUAAAAUGGUUCUAGGAUCUCGGGAGAUGCCGCCUACGACAUGGGGUGGGGGUUACCCUAUUUUAAGUACAUUAUGGUGAUAUAAUGAACAGGAACCAGAUUCCAUUUUGGUCAAAGUGUCAGAGAACAGAUGGAAAUGAGAGACCGGGUAUACAGGAAAGCAUUCGGAGAAUGAGUGAUAUGUCUCCUAAAUGAAAUAGGUUGCUUUUUUUCCCCUGUGAGAUCUACAAUUAAAUGCAUAUGAAGCAGAAGAAGACUCAUGUAAAUGAAGGCGCCAAUCAAUGGUUUAAACUUAUGGGACUCUAAUGAAGUUUCUUGGUGAAAAGACGGGUUGUACAAAGGCAUCGACACAUGAAUGCUUCAUGGGAAAGAUAAAAGAUAACUAACAAUAAGCAGAUCGUUGUAAAGAAUGUAAAAAAAAAAACACACGCUCCCCCGGCAUACUCUUCGCAUUUAAACACACAAUCUCCUCCAAGUGUUCACUAUCUUUCCUAUACGGAUAAAAUGUGACCAGGGUCUGUCCUACGCCACUUCAAAGCAAUUUACUCUGGAGCGGAAGACUUGGCGCUUGGACACUCUUCAUGGUGUGUUACAAUUUCUAUGGCAAUUGGCAGACCCCGAGCUUCACAUUUGAAUAUAUUUUCAAUAAAGCCACUUAUUAGGGUCUAAGCGGCACAUGAUUUGAACAUUAUAUAGUAUCCAUCCUUCCCAGCCAACACCUCGGGUAACGGUGAGCACCUUGAGAGAAACACACUCUCACAUGAAUAUCUAUCAACUUUCCAUUUGUAUAAAACCCAACAAAGUGUCCAACUCUCGCCCACAUGUUCAGGCAAGCAGAAAAACGAGUAUAAAGUCCCAUCCACAUAAACAUAUUUAACCAGCAAGUAAGUAGACUGAAGCAAACGUGUUUAGUAAUGCUCCUCUGGUCAACAUUAUAAGACUUUCAAUACAAAUAUCACUAGGCAUCACAGUGAAUGGUUGGGCUCAUACUUUCCCCAGGCUUAUGAUGACUACAAUUGGACAAGAUGUUUUAACAGGCUACUGGGAGAUUGAUUUGCAAGCAGUAUUGGAAACACCAUAUGUGCAGUGCAAACAAUAGGGAUUGCCGUCUUUUCAGUUUAUAACGUGUGCUUAGUUUGGGAGGGGUCGUGUUGCCCCUUUGCAGUUUGCACGUGGAAAGAAUCGGAUGCAGAGUACUUGAAGUAGAUGAAGAAAAAAGGCUCGCUUUUAACGCACAAGCCACGGCUUGCUUUCCCUAUGUGGAAUAGCCUGUCACUGGCCAGUUUAGGGAAGCCAAACGUGCACAAGAAGGUGGAGGAAGCGCAACUCAAGUCAACAGCAAUAACAAAAAGAGAGA